UCUGGCAGCUGGCCGUGCGCGUCUGGUGGAGUGCCUGUGGCAGGUAUAUCGACAAGCAGCCGAAAUCGACGUCGAGGCUGUUGUGAAAGCUAUUGGCGAAGUCGACUUUCAGCCUCGAAUUCGCAGUCAUGGCAUUUGCUAUGAGAAAUGUCUUCUCGGCUAUCAAGUCUUUGACUCGUGUUCAAUCUCAGCCUCAACGUUAUAUUUCUGCUUGUUCCACUCUCAGGACCGCAAAGGCUGAUGAGAGACCUACCGUUAGAAGACUCGAUCAAAAUAAAGUCACCGAAUUGACAGAUUUUGGAGCAUAUGUAGCUGACUGUUUGCCACGUUAUGUAGAAAAAGUUCAAAUAGCAGCAGGUGAUGAGUUGGAAAUAUGCAUUUCUCCAGAAGGUAUUGUUCCAACAAUAUCUUUUUUAACUUACCAUCAUAAUGCACAAUUCACAAACUUAUCUGACAUGACUGCGGUUGACAUACCUAGCAGACCAUACAGAUUUGAGCUUGUUUACAAUCUGUUAUCUAUAAGAUUUGCUAGAAGAAUCCGUGUAAAAUCAUAUACUGAUGAAUUAACACCAGUUGAUUCAAUUUAUGAAAUACAUAAAUCUGCAGAUUGGUAUGAACGUGAAGUUUGGGAUAUGUUUGGAAUUUAUUUCUCAGGGCAUCCUGAUUUAAGAAGAAUUCUUACUGAUUAUGGCUUUGAAGGCCAUCCAUUAAGAAAAGAUUUCCCCCUUACAGGAUUUAUAGAGGUAAGAUACGAUGAUGAGAAAAAACGUGUUGUAGCUGAACCUCUUGAAUUGGCUCAAGAAUACAGGAAGUUUGAGCUGUCAGCACCAUGGGAACAGUUCCCUAACUUCAGAAAAGGAAAUUCAGCACCUCAACCUACUCCUGCAGAGACUGCACCAAAAAAAUAAAAUUUGCCGGAUAUUUAGAAAAUUUAAAAAUUUAAAGUAGCUCUAAAAUCUUAUUUCAUUUGUUUUUCAAGCGAAAGAAGAGACUUGUUCCAGAGAAUCAUUGUUAAAUAAAAUUAUCUCUUCUCUCAUUUGUUAAUGAGUUGAGUUCAUACAUUUUUAGAAAAAACUAAAAAUCUGUAAUUGUUUAUUGUAAAUAAAGUAAUUUUGUAUGAUAAUUAUCAUUGAUAUUUAUGAUUACUAUGUACUUGUAAGUGGGUAUAAGAAAUUCACAAGGUUUCAAAUAAAUACAAGAGUAUAAAUAA